UCAUCUUAAUGCAUCAUCUUGUCUAAUCUGUUUCAAGCGGCACUAAAAGGAAUGAGCUUUGAGGAGAACGCGAAAGUGUUUGUCAACACUUUCCAAGAUUUCACCCGAGAUCAGCAAAAUGAAGUCCUGAGAGAAAUCCUUCUCAAGUGCCAGCCACUUCAGUUGCGGUUGCUUUACAAUGAGCUAAGACCACUACUGGCUGUAGAUUUUGUGGCAUCACUUCCAAAGGAAUUGGCAGAGCGGAUCUUUUCAUAUCUUCCCGUUGAAUCACUUUGCCAUGUUGCACAGUGUAAUAAGUUGUGGAGGGAAAGGUCAAAUCAUAAUGCAAUUUGGUAUCGUCUUUGUGUGCAACACGGAUGGGAUAGGUUUGGUGAAGAUCUUUUACAAACCCCUCAUGCGCCAGUCUCUCAAGGCUCAAAUAUACCUUUAUCAGAGGACUUCUAUAUAUUAAGCCCUGCUACCUGCAGAUGGAAGAACAUCUAUAUGAGGGCUCUGUCACUUGACAGGAACUGGGCACAAGGGCGAUACUCUGUGGCUCCACUUCUGAGAGGACACAAAGAUCCUAUCACCUGCAUGGCUUGCGAUGGUAGAACCAUUGUGUCUGGUUCAUCAGAUAACACUGUGCGUGUAUGGGAUGUUGAAGCUACCAAGUGUGUUCUUGUGUUGGACUCUCCGCAUACUGAUACUGUGAGAUGUGUGGACCUAAAGGGAUCUCUUUGUGUCACUGGUUGUGGAGAUGGAGUUAUCAGACUAUUUGAUCUUAAAUCUGGACAAUGCCUAAGGUCAUUUCAAGGCCACACUGGUGGUGUCGAGCAUGUAUCUUUUGAUGGCAAUGCAAUUAUAACUGCUUCCACUGACCUGACUGUCCGUGUGUGGAAUUCAGACAAUGGUAAGCUGAUCCACACAAUGACUGGCCAUUCAGAUGAAAUACAGGUAUUGGUUAGACGUGAUGACCUCGUAAUUACUACGUCAUGGGAUGAGACCAUACGGAUGUGGAGCGUGACGUCAGGCACAUGUCUCUUGACUCUCAGAGGUCACACGGAAGCUGUUUACUGUUGUGACUUUAACGGCAAGAAGAUCAUCAGUGGGGGUGGGGACGGGCUGAUUAAGAUCUGGGAUGCUCAUACUGGAGACAAUACGUAUUCUUUGGUUGGACACACAGGAGAGGUGUAUUGUUUGCAGUUUAAUGAUGACAUCGUCGCGUCUGGCUCGGCAGACAGCACUGUGCGACUAUGGAGCCAUCAAGGUGUUCUGCUUCACACACUGGAGGAGCAUAUCGGUGUUGUACGGUGUCUGUGUCUCAGAGGAAAUCGACUCAUUUCCGGUGGAGACCGGAAACGCAUUGCAGUCUGGGAUGUGAAGGAAGGCCAGCUGUUGAGUGUGCUACACCGUAACCCAACCUUACUCCACAUCAUGUGGGCUGACGACACCAAGCUUAUCACAGCGUCACCUGACACGCCAGGGACAAUAACAAUCAUCAACUACUGGUAGGCUUAGUCAAGGUAUGAGUGUGCACGGAGAUAGCACGUGAGCAUCACGAUUCAUGCACGCGCCGAAACUGGGAGAAUUGUUUGUAGUGGUGACACUUCAGGUACCAAAACCACUGAACCAUCCUCGCUGGUUAACAAAAAAGGGAAUGAAAGAAAGUAAUCGAGCGUUCUCUUUUUGCGAGCACACAGUUUGGGUUAGCAGGGCACGCUGGCUUCCUUGGGAGCGUGCUUGAUACAAUUGUACAUAUCUCGUGUGAGCAAAUACAAGUGUGCAGCAAAUAUGGUGGCAACAAGUCUUACUUAAAACAGCGUCAGCAAAACGUCCAAAUGGGCUGAACACAGAGCUUUGUAGCUCAGAUGGAAGCUAGUGUCUGUUUUUACAAAUUCUGAUGAUUAACAAGGUUUAAGCCUGGGCUGAACUGGACCAAAGUGAAAUGCACCUCUCCAAACACAUUUGCAUGAAAGAGGGUGAUAGAAUAAGUUACUGAAUUCAGAACUGAACGAACUUGAACAUGGCUUGAAUACACUGAACUAUCUAGCGUUGAUGGAAGCUAGUGUCUUCUGUUACAAACAGUUGUGUGUAUAAAAGGAAUGCGGAAAGUUUCAACCUUGGAUUGGACACGAUGGAGUAUCACCCCUUUAAAGACACCAGAAUCCGACAACUUUUGACAGCGUUGAGAAUGUGACAAAAGGUAAUUUAUAGCAUGGGACGAGAGUCGUUCAAACAGCCAAACUUCAUUCUGCCAGGAAAAUUGACAAUGUGCUUAGUUAUUGCUGUUCGCAUCCGAUUUAGAGUUGAACUGAAUGUACUGUCAACCCCCACCUAUAAGAACCUAGUUUUUUAAAUUAUUUUGAAAUAGGUUGUGAUAUGUGUGGUGUCUACUGAAAAUUUAGGAUAGUUAGGUUCUUAGAUAGGUUCUUAGCUUCUUGUGUUGAAAAUAUGCUUACUGCAUAUCAAAAUGGGUGUGGUCCUUCCUCACUUACGAGUGACAUUAUGUCGAAAGCCAAACGUAAGACUACAUAUUAAGACAAUACAGUAUAACACACCCUGUUAUAGAUUCCCAGAAUUUACUUGUAUUCUUUAUUCUUGAUAUACUGCAACUUAUUUCCCAGAUAGGACCAUGUUUGACUUGUACAUAAUGGGGUUUUCAAUGCCAAAGUUGUAACCUAUAGGUUGUUAACAAUCACUGUUUUCUUGUACGUGUGUGUUGUCUAUAUUUUUACGUAAAUCGGCCAAAUACAGAUAUGCGUUUGUCAGAGCGUUAGUGAAGGCUCUGUCAAAUUAGUUUUGUGGUAAAAAAUUUGCAGUGAAAUGGUGCAAGUUGUGUUGAACUUAGAUCUUCUGAAUUGCCCGACAAACGAAUGGUCCGAGAAUGAACUCUAAAACCCGUUCGUCUCCGUCACGUCUGUACAUCAGUCUUAUUUGAGAUAUGAAAGGAUUUUGUCCGACUACCGUUGUGUAGAUUUAGGAGGAACGUUAUUAUAAUUAAAAACAGCAACAACGCG